AAGUCAAAGCCAGACGGAAACCAUGUGCGCGCGGCGAGUUUGCGUGUUUUGCUUUCAAUAUGUGAAACAGAUAAUCGUGAUCGUGUAAUUUUAUGGCAUCCGUGCGGACGUUUGAAGUGUUUGUUGUGAUGACUGGGACAUUGGAAUCUGUGCUGACUCAUGGAUCAUGCUACGGGAACAACUGUCGCGAAGCGAAAAGCUAUCGAAGAUGCAGACGAAAAACAGGCCAAGAAGCUAAGACCAGAUGACACGAUUCCGUCAUCAGCUAUGACUGCGUCAAACUCAAAAUCGCAGUUACGGCCUGUACUGGCAGACGAGUACAUCCGGAAGGUUGUCACAGUGCCCGUCUACGUUGGACAAAUAGUCAAUCGAAAAGAGACAUCACGGCUUGUCAGGUGGCUGUCCGACACAAUACCAUUAGGCGAGCUACAGCACCUGAAAAGAGUGCGCAGUGCAGCAACAGGUAUGCAGGUCAUACUUCGCCCACGCAAACAAGACGACUCUGACGGUGUGAAGACUGUAGAAGAUGUACUCGAAGCCGACCAAUCCCUCACUGAAGGUCUGUCCAAGAACGCAGUUGUAGUGGAGGUACCUCAGUACGUGCCACUGACAAGAUGCCAGUUUGAAGCGUCAAAUGCGCUCUGGCCAACGCAGUUCCACGAGGACAAGCUGAUUGCGAGGAUACUCGGUGACAAAUUCUUCACAACUGAGGACAAGGAAGAAAUGGAAGGUCAUAUGAGGAUGGCUGUUGGAGCAGCUCGCAAAAGCCUGACAGGUGUUGGAGUUGUCGUGGUCAACCCAGACACGUCCACGCCCCUGGUCAUUGCGACCAGAGACGCGAGCCAUCCCCUGAAGCAUGCUGUGAUGGUUGCAGUGGACAUGAUUGCCAGACAUCAAGGGGGAGGAGUGUGGCCAGUAACGGCCGAAGAUGUCCUCUGUGGUGUCACGCCUCAAGAACAGGAAGUGAACAAGAAGGCGCCUUAUCUUUGCACAGGCUACGACUUCUACAUCACUCACGAACCAUGCACGAUGUGCGCCAUGGCGAUGAUACACUCAAGAGUUCGCCGGGUCUUUUAUGGAUGCCCAACAUUGUACGGCGCCUUGGGCUCGCUCCGAAAGCUGCACGUCCAGCCCGGCCUUAACCACCGCUUCCAGGUGUGGUGUGGACUUCUGGAGCAAGAGUGCGCGGCCCUCGACGACAGCACCCAAGAAAAGCACGCAAGCUCGACAGCGGUCACCAACCACUGACAUGGCGUCCUCGGGUGUGACCUUGUAAGCGUUCGUGACGUUUACACGACCCUCAAUCAAUCACCUCAACCUAUCGUGUGUGACAAUUGAGAUUCUCUGUUACAGAAGGUGUACAACAUCGCAUCCCUCUUCACGUUCUAGUAAAAUAAAAAAAAAAGAAAGCUGCAUUUCGAUCUCUGACAUGGCAUCUCCGGCUGCGAUCUUGUACGUGUUUGUAACGUUUACGCGAGCCUCAACCAACCAUGUGUGGCGAUUGGUUGAGGCUCUCUACUACAGUACGUGUACAUCACACCCCUCUUCUCGUUCUGGUAAAAUAAAAAAGAAGUCACAUUUC